AUGCACCAAACACUCAGUCCCAACCGCCCACCCACCGCCAUCAGAUCUCCCCCGUACCACGAAGACGACGCCUCUACCAUCGAGCAAUACGACCUCAGCCCUUCUUACUACUUCUCGCCCGCAAAUUCUUUUGAAGGCAUGCCUCUCAGCGAGUUCCUACCGGGCUCUGAUAUCCUUCGCUUGCCGCCUCCUGCGGCGCGCCCAAGGAACGUCAUGACUACGCCGUGGCCGCAUAUGCUGGAUUACAACUGGUUGAGGGAUGAGUGGGAUGAUUUGGUGUUUAAGUGCGUUUGGUUGGCGCUGCUGGUGGGGUUUGGGUGGGUGGUUUGGAGGGUGGAUGUUAGGGGUUAA